AACUUUGAGCAAGCUAGCUUUCGGUUGGUUUCAUACUACAUCACCCUAGAUUCUACAAAAAAACAUGCCCCGUUAUAUAGAAAGAGAACCCAAUUCCUCAAAUUCUCAAUUGGCUUCCCUCCAAAACCAGUACACCGCGAUCAUGGCUUCUCCACGCCGCCCCGAAAGCCUUGACGACGCCCAUCUAUCCGUCUACUGCUGGCUGUUGCAAGUCUUCUUCCUUCUCUCAACCAUCUCCAUUCUCAUAUGGAAAUGCUUGACCCCACAAUCCCCUGUCUUUAUCGUCACCAAUAUUGCCUCUCUUAAUCACCAAAAUUUUGGUGACGAUAAUGUUACUUCCGUCGCCUUAGAUAUCGAUAUCUCCAACCCGAAUCAAGGCUAUGGCAUCUACUUCAGCGACGUCUUCGUUACCCUCGAAGACAGCUCGAUCCUCGCCAAUGGUUCUCAUUCGGGGUUUUACUUGAGCUAUGGUGACAUUACUGCGCUGAAAGUGUCGGUAAAUGGCACGAUAAAGAAGGUUGGGAGCUGUUUGGAUGAUGUGACGAGAUUGAGAUUGAGAACGGGGGUGCAAUUCGAGGAUAAGGUGAUUUCGAGCAGAACGAAGCGUAGCGAGAUGGACUACGGAGCUUAUUUGAGAGUAGGAGUGGAUGGAAGGAUCGCAUUUGGAGGAAAACAAGUUCUGAUGUCGCUAAGCAAUCAACAGAAGGUGACAAGUAGUGAAGAAGUACACCCUUGUCUCAACUCAAGUAGGAAGCUUUUGAGUCAUUGGAAUAUGUUUGGAAGCAAUCGUUAAGUAAUUAUGAUCUCAAUUACGAGGAUACACGAGUUUUUCAUUAUAAUUGUAUGCUUUUGAAGUUAGCUAGUUCAGGAGAUGGAUCCAUCUAAAUCAAUGUAGUAUAUUACUAUGUCUAUAAUGAAGUUUAGUGCAUCUGAUCCAAUAUUGUGGUAAUGCGAGCGUGUAAGAUAAUCCAGCCAUGGCGGAUGACGGACGUCGGAGAUGAACCUAUGCAGCGGGUACGCCACUACUAUUAAAAAAAAAAAUGAAUAGUAUCCCACCAUUAUUCUUGGGACCAUGAGAUACUCUGUUAAAACUUAAAACAGAGGAGAACAGAGGAGCCUCUGUUUCCAGAGGGAAAUUAAGCCCAACGAUGGUGGAAACGAAGUAAUUUGUUUCAGCGAGUGGUUAAAUUAAUAAUCAAGAAUUCAUCAACGG